CCCCCCCCCCUCAUAGCAACUAUUAAUAAUACUUGUUUAUUUCUCUAUUUGGAAGCUUUACACUUCACCUUCCAUCUUUCUCCCUUUUCCAUAUUUAAUUUAAACCCUACAAACCAGCCCAUUGUUAAGCCAAAACAUUCUUCUCCAUCUCCUUCUUCCUAUAUUAACCCCCAUCGUUGAUUCCCACCACACCCAUAUCACAUUAAGCACAUUUUUUCAGUCCGUAUUAAUGGAAGCAGGUAAUAGGAUCGGCUCAACCGCUCACCCAAGCUCCGCGCCGGCACCGGUACCGGGCCGCUCCUGCAGUGGCACACUUGGGCGCCACCUGGCUCGACGGCUGGUGGAGGUUGGGGUAAACGAUGUCUUCUCUGUGCCGGGUGAUUUCAAUUUAACGCUUUUGGACCACCUGAUCGCCGAGCCACAGCUGAAUCUGAUCGGCUGCUGUAACGAGCUGAACGCCGGAUACGCCGCCGAUGGGUAUGCGCGUGCCAGGGGAGUUGGAGCCUGUGUAGUGACUUUCACUGUUGGCGGGCUCAGUGUGCUGAACGCCAUUGCUGGGGCUUACAGCGAGAAUUUGCCUGUGAUUUGUAUCGUCGGUGGCCCGAAUUCAAACGAUUAUGGGACUAAUCGGAUCUUGCAUCACACCAUUGGUUUGCCUGAUUUUACUCAAGAACUCAGGUGCUUCCAAACUGUUACUUGUGCCCAGGCAGUGGUGAAUAACUUGGAUGAUGCUCAUGAGCUCAUAGAUACUGCAAUUUCUACUGCUUUGAAGGAAAGCAAGCCAGUCUAUAUAAGUAUAAGCUGUAAUUUGCCUGGAAUUCCCCAUCCAACUUUCAUUAGGGAUCCAGUCCCCUUCUUUCUUGCACCCAAGGUAAGCAAUCAAUUAGGACUGGAAGCAGCUGUAGAAGCAGCUGCUGAGUUUUUGAACAAAGCUGUGAAGCCAGUUCUUGUGGGUGGACCAAAGUUGAGGGUAGCAAAAGCACAAGAAGCUUUCGUUGGGCUCGCUGAUGUCUGUGGAUAUCCAGUAGCUGUCAUGCCAUCAGGGAAGGGAUUGGUCCCAGAGCAUCAUCACCAGUUCAUUGGGACCUAUUGGGGUGCUGUUAGCACCAGCUUUUGUGGGGAGAUUGUGGAAUCUGCUGAUGCAUAUCUCUUUGCUGGCUCCAUCUUCAAUGAUUAUAGUUCUGUUGGGUAUUCUUUGCUGAUCAAGAAGGAGAAAUCAAUCAUAGUGCAACCGAAUCGUGUGACUAUAGGAAAUGGUCCUUCGUUUGGCUGGGUAUUCAUGGCGGAUUUCUUAAGUGCAUUAGCCAAGAAGCUAAAGAAAAACACCACAGCUCUUGAGAACUACCGUAGGAUCUUUGUGCCCCCUGGAAUCCCUCUGGAGUUUAACAAAGAUGAGCCUCUUAGAGUAAAUGUUCUCUUCAAGCACAUUCAGGAGAUGCUAAGUACUGAAACUGCAGUAAUUGCUGAAACUGGGGACUCCUGGUUCAACUGCCAGAAACUCCGCCUUCCUGAGAACUGUGGGUAUGAAUUCCAAAUGCAAUACGGAUCUAUUGGUUGGUCAGUCGGUGCAACUCUUGGAUAUGCUCAGGGUGCCAAAGACAAGCGUGUUAUUGCUUGCAUUGGUGAUGGAAGUUUCCAGGUAACAGCUCAGGAUGUUUCAACAAUGAUCCGCUGUAUGCAAAAAAGUAUUAUAUUCCUCAUCAACAAUGGAGGUUAUACAAUUGAAGUAGAGAUUCAUGAUGGCCCCUACAAUGUGAUUAAAAACUGGGACUAUACCAGCUUCGUUAAUGCCAUCCACAAUGGUGAAGGCAAAUGCUGGACUGCAAAGGUACGUACACAGGAUGAACUGGAAAAAGCAAUAGCAACUGCAACAGGAUCAGAAAAGGAUUCCUUAUGUUUCAUUGAAGUUAUUGUGCACAAGGAUGAUACGAGCAAAGAGCUGCUGGAAUGGGGGUCGCGAGUCUCAUCUGCCAACAGUCGUCCUCCAAAUCCUCAAUAGUAUUGUUCAGCUUUUCUGUAUGCUUUAAAUCAAGGGACAGUUAAUCAAGGUUUUAAACAAGAAGGAAGAGGAAAAAACAAAGAGAGAGAAACAGAAAAACAAUGCAGGCCUCCUAAUUCUGUAUGUUAUGAUGUACUUGUGUCUUCACUUUUUUAUCUGUUGUACAUAGAUGAUGAAUAAGCUGCUAUUUGAGAAGAGAUGUAGCGAGUUGUGAAUUAGCAUUUUUCCUGUCAAUAAAGAGGGCAUUUGAACAGUGA